UGAUAUUUGGUGAUAUCAAGCGAUCAUAAGUGGAGAUUAUGUUGAAUUUGGCAAGUGUAGAUAUUACAAAGCAAGCAAUUAUUGAUCGCUUGUUGGAUGGAGUAAAGCAAUGUCAGGUACGAUUUGGUAGUACAACCGAAUUGGCUUCUGAGAAGGAUAGCAGAAUCUCUUGUCUUUGUGAGCAAUGGAACAUUGUUCUUCAAUUUGGCAUUAAAUCCACAAAAAAGAUAAAUUCUUUAAGGCAGGUGUUAAUAAGAUCUGAAGGUCAAUCUGUGUUCUGGCUAUUUAUCAAGGAACAUCUUAGCUCUAGUGAAAUAAAGACAUAUAAUUCUUUACAUAAUGUAAUGACAGAUGUUGGUAGAGCUGAAGCAUGGCUUAGGUCUAGUUUAAACAAGCAAUCACUGGAGAAAUAUCUUCAUAGCUUCAUUGGGCAUAAACAAUUGCUUUUUCAGUAUUAUGAGCAAGAUGCAUUAUUAUUGGAUGAUGAACGAUCUAGUAUGUUACCAAUGAUGGCAGCUGGCUUAAGUUCAAUUCUUUUUGCAAUUGACAUUGACAAAGCUGAGUUUAACUCUAUUACUGUACAGAUUCCGGGAAAUAUCAGCCAAGCAGUUUCUCGUCCAACAUCAAUAUGGGCUGUACCAUCACCAAUGUAUGCGACGUCAGGAGCUCCUGGUGAAGUUUGUUAA